AUGAAGAUCCUGUUUGCCCUGGUCUUCUUUGUUUCUAUUUCAGUCGGUAAGUUAUGUUAAUACUGUAACUUACUAUGCCAAGAACAUCCUGUUUGUUUUUGUCCAACAAGGAGGCUUUUUGGGUGGAAGUUUGCCGUGCGCAGUUCCGUCAAGAUGUUGCAGGUAGAAAAAGUGGAACUUCACUUAACUUUACGUUUACUCCAGGCCGAUUUUCUAUAUGUUAUUUUUUUUUUCUUGAACUUGUUUCUCUUUCUCCCAGCGCAAUGCAAGCGCCGCUCCCACCAGUGCCAGCAAAAACAUACUAAUCAAGCGAGUGCCGCAUGCAUCGAUUCACACUACUACCGAUAACUGAUAAGUUGAAACGACGCAAAAGCAAAUUUUAAGAUUUAAGGUUAGAAAAGCUGUCAAGUCGUGCGUUUGUCCCAAAGCAUUAGAAAGAUAGCGGAACGCUACAUCCUUGUUACCGAAUAGCGUCAUCGCGUAUUCCUUUCUUUAAAACAUUUUCUACGCAAAAAAAUUACCCUGGUUUAAAACGAUCUUUCACCACCAACGAAUACUUUCAUUUAGUUUCCAACUCGAUAAUCGAUACUCGACAAAAACGAGGUUUUAAUGACGAGGUUUUGAUUAUUUUCUCACUCUAACUUUGCGAUUGGCUGUUUGCAAUCCACCAUUUUCGCUUUCCAGCGCUAAUAAUAUCGGCCUGCGCUCCAUCUUGGUUUCACAUGAACAUUGAGGCAAGUUGGCUGAACACUUGAUAGUCUUGUUAAUAAGUGCCCAAUGCGAUCAGUCGCGACCUUCUUACAGGAAAUUGAGGGAAUGUUAACAGUCUAAUCCCAGAAGAUCCUAUUCUGUUUUUUUUAAAAAAAAAAGAUUAGAAGGGGGAAUUGAAAGAACAUUCAGAUAUCCGAAUAGGUGAAAUAAGUCCGUCUACGAAAUGGUUACGCUGAAAAAACGUGAGAACGUUACAAAACUUUAAAACUGUUAUCAGAGUCGCUAGCAGGUAGCUAAGUGUCCUAGGCAAUCUCUGCAUUAUCAAAGUAUCCAUGGAUGUUAAAACUUUGACGGUGCAAAAAUUAGCUGGUAGGAAAUUUCCAAAUGCGAAAAAUGCAAAUACCAUGUGUUAGACAGAAAAGGAUGCAUAUUUAAUAAGAAAAAAAUGUCCUUGCGCCGGCAUAGAAAGCUGUUGUUCCUAGUCUGCUCGAACACAUGUCGGUUCUCCAACGUUGCAUAUACGGGAUAACUUCUAUGAUUUGUACUUUCACCAGUGCCUUGGUAAAUGUUGCCUGCGUUUACUUUUAUUGUUGAUUUUUCCUUCUCUGUGCAGUUUGUGGCUUGAUGUCAUGAGGUGUGGCACAAGAGAGCUUAACGGAAUCGGUUCCGCACGAAAGAAUACUCAGUCCUUCUGUUUGUUGUGAUGCAAACUGCGUUCGGAAAAUCGGUGCAAGCGCUUUACAAAGCUGACAAGUUUCAUUGACCACCCAAAAGAAAACUCUUUUAGAGCUCGUUAUCACUGGAACUGUACAUAGAUUUUCCAGGCUUGGAGCGCUUGUAAAAACGUCCGAGAUUUGACUGGAUGAAAUUAUUUGGACCCUAUAAAAAGAGAAAAGAACACACUGGGAAAAAUAUAAAAACGAUGCCUCGCGUAACCUGACUUUAAAUUUACGCCGUGGUUGGAAAAAAUAGACCUUUUUACCGAUACGGCGGCCAUAUCGAAUUAAUUUAAUAUGAAUUCGAAUUAAGAAGUGUUAUGGGAUGCAUAGGAGGGCAUGAGCACGAUCGCUGAGAAAUCUAGAAGAAGAAGAAACUUUAUUUGUUUACAGACCCUUUACAUUAAAAAUAAAUAAAUUACAAAUACAGACUACCUGCAAAAUAGCAGAGCUAAUCGAGGCAGGCACAAUGGAGAUAUGUCUAUUACAUUAUACAAUCUUAUUCUAAUAAAAUAACGAUAUACAAUAAUUACGAGUGAAAUCACAGAGAUUAAUUACAUUAAUGAAUUCAAAGUAUAUUAUUUUAAUGACAUAAAGAUACAAGAAAUACAAUAAUUACGAAAGUCACAGGCGAGAUUAAUUACAAUUACUUUAUAAUGAAUUCAGAAAACUUGUAGAUGCAGAUGCAGAUGUAGAGGCAAACGAAGCCUCAAGCACAUAAAUAGAAACAAGAAAAGUUUAAAUUCUUUUCAUUUCAUUUAUCAACGUAUCUGUAUCAAGAUAAGAAUCCUGUUUUAAGAAGAUUUGAAAUAGGGAUUCAGUAUUUUUUUCUUGAAUCUAUAUAUAGUCUUUCACUGUAUAUUUCUCGGGAAAAGGGCGAUUAUCACUGCACAACGAUCUUUUUCCCAUUACAAUCUUAUUCUAGAAAAACCUUAAGAAAAAAUGCUCCGAAAGGCGGGCGUUAAUACUAAGCGAAUACAUCGGAAUGUGCUCAUGCCCUCUGGGCAUCCCAUAAUACUCCUUAAAUUUAACUAAGGGCCUGUUUACAUGGAGUAGGGGCCCCGGUCUAGUGGGGUUGGUUUCUUUUGUUUUCACGCUCUGGGGGACACAAAACAAAAGAAAUCUACCCCACUAGACUGGGGUCCCCUACUCCAUGUAAACAGGGUCUAAUUCAAUAUGACCGCCGUAUCCGUAAAAAGGUCUAUUGCUUGUUUUGGUUUGCGAAUCAAAACAAAAGGGAAAAUGCUUUGAACUGCAAAGUAAAAUUUUAAAAGCGCUCCCUUAGGUUUGUAUAGGUAAUAGCAAGAUUAGUAGUGAUAUUUGGCAUAAAUACCACGAGUGAUAUUUCAAAAUUGUUAGACGUAAUUUCACGAGCCGUUAGGCGAGUUAAAUUUGAGACAAUUUUGAAAUAUCACUAGUGGUAUUUAUGUCAAAUAUCACGUACAAAUCAUGCUAUUAUUUGUUUAUACUACUACUACCCGCAAAAGGUUGUAAUUUUCACAUGUAGGUCAGUUUCAAAUUAAGCUGAAAUAUCACUGCUCUAAGCCAAUCAAAUUGCAGAAAAUUUUCAUGCAGUAUCAUAAAUAGUUACAUUGAGUCGUUAUUAUGCAAUGUUUGACGUACAAAUUUUUUUUUUCUUCCCUUUGACUCAAUGCAUCAGUUUUUGCGCUAAAAUGGCUUUAUCAUUUCACAGACGUCCCAAAGAAAUGAAAUACUAUACACAUUUAUUAGCAUUGUCAAUAAUUUUAAAGAAGAUUUUUUUCCGUUGCAGAUCAGCACCGUACCCUGUAUCCAAUUUUUUAUCAGUAUUAAAAAAAUGUUUAUUGGUAAACUUAAUACUGCUUUUUGUUCGACCGGAUUAGCACUGACUCGGCGAUGUUCUUCUGUUUCACAGGGUAUGGUCUCAAGUGCUACAAGUGCACGACAUUGAAGGAUUGGGGUGACUGUGAAACGAACAGGAUAGAGACGACUUGUGCUUCCGGUUUCGACAGCUGUGGCAAAAUAUUUCUUGAUGGAGAAGUGGCAGGCGUAUCCUUCAAAACUUAUUACAAGGAUUGUAGUGUCAAAGCAGGCUGUAACAAAGACCUGUGUAAGCAAGUGGGACAAUCAGGAGCAACAAUCAACGACUGUGACGUCGACUGCUGCGAAGGUGACCUGUGCAAUGGAGCCAAAGUACCACUGGUCAGCGCCACUUUGCUAUUGGCAUGCGCCUUUUUAGCUUUUUUCCGUUAA